AUGACUCGAGAUCGAUUUAUAUCCUCACAUGGUACAGUUCAAGUUUAUAUUCUUGAUGAUAUAACAAUGAUAAAACAACAUGGUGUUUCAGCCAUUUUAACACAACCAAUUCAUGUGGGUGGUGGACCUGAUUCUAAUUAUGUUCAUGGAUUUCUUGAAAGAUAUGGUCCUCUUUUUUGGACUCUCUCUGAAAUUCAAUCUCAUCGAACAUAUAUUAAUCCAAGUAAAAUUCAACUUUAUUAUUCAUCCAAAAUGCAUACAGAUCAUGGACGCAAUGUAUGGUUACCUAUAGAACGACUUUCAGAUGGAACCUAUCAACAUAGAGCUCGAUGGACUAAUGCACUUAAUGCAAUGUUCUCAAUUUAUCCAUUAUUAACUUACAAAUCAUUUGAUGAAGCAACAAUCAUGUUCAAAUAUAUGAUUUUCACUGGAAUGCCAUAUAAACGAUCACCUUGCUGGGGUAUUCAUCAGGAACCAAAUAGACUACUUAGUUAUUAUCCAUUUGAUAUACAAGAAUAUCGACGAGCUUAUUUAACAUUUUCAGAAUGGAUAUUGAAUAAUUUUGAAUUAUAUUCUAAAUUCGAAUUGACAUCUAUUCAAAAGAAAUUACAAGAGAGUCAUAAAUCAGAACAAAUACCUAUCUGUUAUGAACAAUGUCAAAAUCAAUCGUUUAGUAAUACAUCAUCAACAGAAACAACAUUUACUGGAGAUUAUAUUGCUGUUAUGAAUCGAGCCGGUAUCGGUCGGCGAGAAUUAACUAAUGCUGAUGAAUUAGUGGAAGCACUAUUGAAAGCAUUUCCUGAUCAUAAAAACCCUUAUCUACGUGUUUGGCCAAAACAAUUCGAUUUUAAUGAUGAUCUCUAUGAAACAGCACGAAUGGCUCGAUCAAUUCGUGUUCUUAUCGCAGUGCAUGGAGCUGGUAUAUCGAAUGCUAUUUUCAUGCGACCAGGUACGAUUCUCUAUGAAAUCACUCCACCUGGUUGUCGUAUGUUGACAUUUUUUUAUCGACGUUGGGCCGAAGUAUUCAAUCUUCAAUAUGCACUAUGGAGUCCUGGAGAUAAAGGUGAUGCUUGUAAACAUGAAGGAAACACUAGGGUGAAUGUGGCUGACGUUGUUAGUGAUGUCAUCAACUUAGUUCAAAAUGAAAAUCGAUAUAGAAGUGGUUAUAUAUCACGAGCACUCGAUAUUAUACGGAAAGAAUAA